AUGUUGCCAUCGACAGGACUCCGCAUUGAAAUUUGUAUUGCUUGUUUACUGAUGCUGAGCAUUCAACCGAUUUCGACGAAAAUUGUAGUACACGGUUUCGCGGAAGAAGAGAAGAUCUUCGAUGUUGACGUGUUGGAUUCUUCAUUCCGGUGGCCUUCGCCGAUUCAACCAAAUAAUUCGAUCUGCUAUUUGAUCGAUCUCGAAAUCAAGAACUGCACCGCUGAAUUGAUGGAUUUCCUAGCAGCUCGAGCGUUCCUGUUUCGUGUUACAAAUGUUCGAUCCAGCGAGCUUUACAUCCCGGUUAAUUGCGUGUAUGUUGAGAUAGAACACUGUAAACGCACAGCAAAUAUCGACAUAUCAUUCGCAGGAGUUGACAAUCUGAAAUUACUCAGAAUUUCGGGCACUCCAAUAACCGUCCUUCCGCAGUCUAUCAAUAAUCUUACCAAACUUGAGCAACUAUUUUUGGAUGAAUUGCAUCUUGUUGAACUUGAUUUGGGCUUGCUGAAAAUGGUAUCGCUCCAGGAACUUAUCAUAUGCCAGAUGCCUCAAAUUAAAAUAAUAGCAUCGAAAACGGUUUUCUUAGAAAAAUUGAGAUCAUUUCAUAUCGUCGAUUGCAACAUGACGGAACUGGAUGCAUCGAAGUGGAAUUUUCCCAGCCUUCAAAGUUUGACUCUGAGCCAUAAUCAGCUUUCCAGGAUUCCUGUCGGGCUAAACAAUUUUGAAAAUUUGACCUAUCUGAAUAUCGAUUACAAUCAACUUGAUUCGUUUGAUUUUAGCGUAUUCGAGGGAUUCGAUUAUUUGCAAAUACUUUCUCUGAACCACAAUCAGCUUCGGACAUUCAAAGUUGGAGAUUCCAUUCGGCUGCCAUCCUUGUCAGCGCUCUACUUAAGCUACAAUCGUUUAAAUGGGGUGGAGGAACUGCUGAAAUUGGACCUGCCAGCGCUGGAAGAGGUCGACUUGACACUGAACGAUCUGACAUGGAGCAAAGAGUUGGACCAGUUGGUUAGCAGAUCGAAGAGCUUUUGUUUCGACGUGAAUUCCCCCAAUUGCGGCCGGUACAAUUUUGCAAAGAUAUGA